CGGCAUCUGCUGGCUACGCCCGCCUCACAACUUCUCGACGUUUUCUGCUGCGCUGCUUCUGAAGAGAAGCGUCUUGUACCUCGCACCUCGCGUGUUUCUCCUUAUUCUCUUAAUAACGAUUCCUCAUAGAUGGCUGACUCUGAGGUGGACCACAGAGAGGCGCAUGAGGAAUUGGUGAAUCCCAGUGAUGGCAAACCAGACCGGUUGGGCCCAUCGUCUACCCAGACUUUCUCCCGUCCAUCAAGCCCCUCAUUGUCUAUCUCUGCAUCAGAGGCAGCGGCCACCAACAGCAUUCCUGACGGAAAAUCUUCCAACUAUUUUGCAGCAUUAGAAGCCAGUGUGGAGGGUCUACAGAGCCACGCACAAAGCCUGAUUGAUAAAAUCAAUGAAAGGCGCAGCAAGGAUCAAGCAAUCAUGAAAUCAUUUAACACCAAUCUCACCACGAAGGUGGCGGAGGUGACGCAGUGUCUUGAAGACAGAAUGUACCAGCUGUAUGAGCAAAACAACACACUGCUGCAGGUCAGACUGCAAGAGCUAACCGGGCUCAUAGAUAGGAUUGGGCAGCUGCAGGCUGAACUCAAGAAAGUCUGCCAGACUGUAGUUACCAUCUACAAAGACAUGUGUUUACAACCCGAAAUCUGAAAAGCAGGGUCAGCAGGGACCUCAUACUCUGCAGGCUUUCCAGAAGGCACAUUAUCUUCAUCAGGAGCAUCCAACAGCAGAAUUUAGCCCUUUGUUCACUGGAAGAACCGUUGAAACAGAAGAUCCAAGUUGUUUGUUAAAAAUUAGUUUUCUAAAAUGGUUUGAGAUGUAAGUGGCCUAAAAUAACAGAGACAGCAUGUGUUUUCUUAAGUGUUAACUUGUUAUAUAUAGAGAUAUUGUUGUGUAGUAAUUAGAACUUUGUUAACUGAAAAGAAAUAAAAAAAAUGUAUUUUAUUCAUAAACUUUUAUUUGAAAGAUCACACAUGUACAUCAUUAAAAUGAUUUAUCUUUUGUCGUGUGUUUUGCCCAUUUCAGGGACUUUGAAAACAAACUUAAAAACACUGCUGUAAUGAUGUGUAUUGGCCUUUUGCGUAAUAAAUUCCAAAGUUGUUGUUUGUGGCAAGAA